UCCCUUUCCCUCUCUCUACUUGUAAAAAAUCAAAAGAAAGGAGAAGGAGAUUCCAGCUGAAGUUGCUCAGAUUCAAUAUUGUUUAUUUCCAGCCCGUAUUCCCUGAACCCUAUAAUAUCAGGAAAAAAACCAGAGAGCAAACGCUGCACCCAGUUUUGAUUUUUAUUUCCUUUUCAACUCUCCCUGUAAUACACGUGGAGAGAUGCCACAGCUAUUAAAGCCAAGGCUCAUGUCUCCGUUCAGACAAAAAGCCAAGUAGAUUUCACAUCUUGAGUCUCCAACUUCUUUCUUUCUUUCUUUCUUUCUUUUUCCCUUUUCAAGUUAAAAGCCGUAACAACCCCCUUUUUGCUCACAACAUAAUCAACUGUAAAGACUCGAAAAGAUGGAAAAGAAAAGGAAAAGAAUCGUAUCAUUGGCGACGAUGACGCUCUUGUUCUUUAUAGUAAUGGCUGCUAAUUUUCGAGGUUGCUUCUCUGCUGCCAGUCAAACACCCAUCAAAGGAAAGUCAACCACGCCUGCUAAUGAUCGAGUUGGCUCCUCUGUUUUCUUUCGUGUCACCGGAAAUGUCUAUCCUACUGGGCACUACUCUGUGAUUCUGAACAUAGGCAACCCACCAAAGGCUUUUGACUUGGAUAUUGAUACUGGUAGUGAUCUCACCUGGGUCCAAUGUGAUGCUCCUUGCAAAGGUUGCACUAAGCCUCUUGAUAAACUUUACAAGCCAAAGAACAAUCGUGUGCCUUGUGCAAGUUCCUUGUGCCAGGCCAUACAAAACAACAAUUGCGACAUCCCAACUGAGCAGUGUGACUAUGAAGUCGAGUAUGCUGAUCUUGGUUCAUCUCUUGGCGUGCUGCUGUCGGACUACUUUCCGCUACGAUUAAACAAUGGCUCUCUUCUCCAACCUAGAAUCGCCUUUGGGUGUGGAUAUGAUCAAAAAUAUCCUGGCCCACACUCACCGCCUGACACAGCUGGGAUUCUUGGCCUUGGCAGAGGAAAAGCAAGCAUUCUUUCGCAGCUACGAACCCUGGGUAUCACGCGAAAUGUGGUCGGCCACUGUUUCAGUAGGGUAACAGGUGGCUUUUUAUUCUUUGGAGAUCACCUUUUGCCGCCUUCAGGAAUCACUUGGACUCCAAUGCUACGCAGUUCCUCAGACACACUGUACACGUCAGGACCAGCAGAACUACUUUUUGGUGGAAAGCCCACUGGCAUUAAGGGACUACAGCUGAUUUUUGACAGCGGGAGUUCCUAUACCUACUUCAAUGCUCAAGUUUACCAGAGUAUACUUAAUCUGGUGAGGAAGGAUCUUAGUGGAAAGCCAUUAAAAGAUGCACCGGAGGAGAAGGCACUUGCAGUGUGCUGGAAAACUGCUAAACCGAUCAAAUCUAUUCUUGACAUCAAGAGUUUUUUCAAGCCCUUAACCAUAAACUUUAUAAAAGCAAAGAAUGCGCAGCUGCAGUUGGCACCUGAGGACUACCUCAUUAUCACUAAAGAUGGGAAUGUGUGCUUAGGGAUUCUGAACGGCGGUGAGCAAGGCCUGGGAAACCUCAAUGUGAUAGGAGACAUUUUUAUGCAAGACAGAGUGGUGGUUUAUGACAAUGAGAGACAGCAGAUUGGAUGGUUCCCAACAAAUUGCAAUAGACUUCCCAACGUGGAUCGUGAAUAUAAUGAAGGUUUUUCCCAGCCUUAUGCGGCCUACUUUGGUAUCCUAGAGGAGCAUUGUCCUGCAACAUAUGCUUCUGAGAAGACCAAACUUUUCACCAAAAAAUAGAAGGAAAAAAUAACUUAAUGUCAUUAGACAUUAUUGAUACAGACAACAGAGCUUUUGAUAUUCAGUGACAUUUAGCAUAGAUGAUGUAAAUGGGUCUGUCCCGCAUAAAUAUACGAGUUCUUGUUC